AUGGAGCGCAAAUUAAAGUGGAAAUCCAACGUAGGUGAGCGGGUGCGAGCGCGCGUAGCCGCGGCAAACCCGCACGGGUACCCGAAGCAGGGCCUUGCGGUGGUGGACCCAGUGGCGAGCUCCGCAGCGAGCCGAACACUGCAAUUGCGACACGCCGCGGAGCAAGUCCUCAAGAUCGAAAUGGCAUCCGUCCUCUUUAGAUUUGGAGAGGGUGACGAGAAACUAUAA